GUCGCAUGUGUACUGAGCAAAGAAAGAGAGAGAGGUUAAACGAUUUGUUUUGAUCGAAGAUGUCAACAUUAGUCUAUCGAUGCUUAAUAAAAAAUUUAAAUUUUCCCAAAAGACAAUUCAUCAGCCGUGUACCGCGGAAACAGUUUCACCUAACAAACGUUCGAUGUCAUGGUGAAUAUGAAUGGCAGGAUCCCAAAACACCGGAUGAAAUAGUCAACAUAACUUACAUAAACAAAGACGGCGACAGAACUAGUAUCAAAGGGAAAAUUGGUGAUAACAUUUUAUAUCUAGCCCAUCGAUACAACAUAAACAUGGAAGGAGCGUGCGAAGCAUCAUUAGCCUGCACCACAUGUCAUGUGUAUGUUCACGACGAUUACAUUGACAAAUUACCGCCUGCCGAGGAAAAGGAAGAUGAUCUUUUGGACAUGGCACCAUUUCUAAAGGAGAAUUCCAGGCUGGGAUGUCAAAUUGUGUUGACCAAGGAAUUAGAUGGCAUAGAAGUCACAUUACCAGCAGCAACGCGAAACUUUUACGUAGAUGGUCACAAACCCAAGCCGCAUUAGGAUUUCGUUGAAUUUUCACUUGUUCGAUUCGUUGUUUUUUGGUAACUAAAACGGUUGAGUUGCGAGGAAUAAAAAUUAUUUUUAGA